GAAGGAAGGCGCGACAGCCUCAGCAGGAGUGGGCGGAGGUUUCUCCUCUGCCAACCCCUCCCGGACCAACACUGACUGCUGAAGGAAGGUUGUGAGUCUGCAGCCCGUCUUGUUCGUUCUUCUCCGAAGUCCCAUGAUGAGCUCGCCAGUGCAGCCUGAUGGGGUGGCUGGACGAGAGCAGCUCUUGGCUCAGCAGAGAAUGCACAGUAUGAUCAGCUCAGUGGAUGUGAAGUCAGAAGUUCCCGUGGGCCUGGAGCCCAUCUCACCUUUAGACCUGAGGACCGACCUCAGGAUGAUGAUGCCUGUGGUGGAUCCUGUUGUCCGUGAGAAGCAACUGCAGCAAGAGUUACUCCUUAUCCAGCAACAGCAGCAAAUCCAGAAGCAGCUCCUGAUCGCCGAGUUUCAGAAACAACAUGAGAACUUGACACGGCAGCACCAGGCGCAGCUCCAGGAACACAUCAAGUUGCAACAGGAACUUCUAGCCAUAAAACAGCAACAAGAACUCCUAGAAAAGGAGCAGAAACUGGAGCAGCAGAGGCAAGAACAGGAAGUAGAGAGGCACCGCAGAGAACAGCAGCUUCCUCCUCUCAGAGGCAAAGAUAGAGGACGAGAAAGGGCAGUGGCAAGUACAGAAGUAAAGCAGAAGCUUCAAGAAUUCCUAUUGAGUAAAUCAGCAACAAAAGACACUCCAACAAAUGGAAAAAAUCAUUCCGUGAGCCGCCAUCCCAAGCUCUGGUACACGGCUGCCCACCACACGUCACUGGAUCAAAGCUCUCCACCCCUGAGUGGAACAUCUCCAUCCUACAAAUACACAUUACCAGGAGCACAGGACACGAAGGAUGAUUUCCCCCUUCGAAAAACUGCCUCUGAGCCCAACUUGAAGGUGCGGUCCAGGUUAAAACAGAAAGUGGCAGAGAGGAGAAGCAGCCCCUUACUCAGGCGGAAGGAUGGAAAUGUUGUCACUUCAUUCAAGAAGCGAAUGUUUGAGGUGACAGAAUCUUCUGUCAGUAGCAGCUCUCCAGGGUCUGGUCCCAGCUCACCAAACAAUGGGCCAGCUGGAAACGUUCCUGAAAAUGACACCUCAGUUUUGCCACCUACUCCUCAUGCUGAGCAAAUGGUGUCCCAGCAACGCAUUCUAAUUCAUGAAGAUUCCAUGAACCUGCUAAGUCUUUAUACCUCUCCCUCUUUGCCCAACAUUACCUUGGGACUUCCAGCAGUGCCAACGCAACUCAACGCUUCGAAUUCACUCAAAGAAAAACAGAAGUGUGAGACCCAGACGCUCCGACAAGGCGUCCCUCUGCCUGGACAGUACGCUGGCAGCAUCCCAGCGACUUCAAGCCAUCCCCACGUUGCUUUAGAGGGAAAGCCCAAUAGCAGCCACCAAGCACUCCUGCAGCAUCUCUUAUUGAAAGAACAAAUGCGACAGCAGAAGCUUCUCGUGGCUGGUGGAGUUCCCUUACAUCCUCAGUCUCCGUUGGCAACAAAGGAGAGAAUUUCCCCUGGCAUUAGAGGUACCCACAAAUUACCCCGUCACAGGCCCCUGAAUCGAACCCAGUCUGCACCUCUGCCUCAGAGCACGUUGGCUCAGCUGGUCAUUCAGCAGCAACACCAGCAGUUCUUGGAGAAGCAGAAGCAAUACCAGCAGCAGAUCCACAUGAACAAACUGCUUUCGAAAUCUAUUGAACAACUGAAGCAACCAGGCAGUCACCUCGAGGAAGCGGAGGAAGAGCUUCAGGGGGACCAGGCGAUGCAGGAAGACAGAGCGCCCUCUAGUGGCAACAGCACUAGGAGCGACAGCAGUGCUUGUGUGGAUGACACACUGGGACAAGUUGGGGCGGUGAAGGUCAAGGAGGAACCAGUGGACAGUGAUGAAGAUGCUCAGAUCCAGGAAAUGGAAUCUGGGGAGCAGGCUGCUUUUAUGCAACAGCCCUUCCGGGAGCCCCAGCACACACGUGUGCUCUCAGUGCACCAAGCUCAGCUGGCUGUGGUUGGCAUGGAUGGAUUAGAGAAACAUCGUCUUUUCUCCAGGACACCUUCCUCCCCUGCUGCCUCCAUUUUACCUCAUCCAGCAAUGGACGGCCCCCUCCAGCCUGGCUCUGCAACUGGAAUUGCCUACGACCCUCUGAUGCUGAAACACCAGUGCAUUUGUGGCAAUUCCACCACCCACCCUGAGCAUGCUGGACGAAUACAGAGCAUCUGGUCACGACUGCAAGAAACUGGGCUGCUAAAUAAAUGUGAGCGAAUUCAAGGUCGAAAAGCCAGCCUGGAGGAAAUACAGCUUGUUCAUUCUGAACAUCACUCACUGUUGUAUGGCACCAACCCCCUGGAUGGACAGAAGCUGGACCCCAGGACACUCCUAGGUGAUGCCUCUCAAAAGUUUUUUUCCUCAUUACCUUGUGGUGGACUUGGGGUGGACAGUGACACCAUUUGGAAUGAGCUGCACUCGUCCGGUGCUGCACGCAUGGCUGUUGGCUGUGUCAUCGAGCUGGCUUCCAAAGUGGCCUCAGGAGAGCUGAAGAAUGGGUUUGCUGUUGUAAGGCCCCCAGGCCAUCAUGCUGAAGAAUCCACAGCCAUGGGGUUCUGCUUUUUUAAUUCAGUUGCAAUUACCGCCAAAUACUUGAGAGACCAACUAAAUAUAAGCAAGAUAUUGAUUGUAGAUCUGGAUGUUCACCAUGGAAAUGGUACACAGCAGGCCUUUUACGCUGACCCCAGCAUCCUGUAUAUUUCACUCCAUCGCUAUGAUGAAGGGAACUUUUUCCCUGGCAGCGGAGCCCCAAAUGAGGUUGGAACAGGGCUUGGGGAAGGAUACAAUAUAAAUAUUGCCUGGACAGGUGGCCUUGAUCCCCCCAUGGGAGAUGUAGAGUACCUUGAAGCAUUCAGGACUGUAGUGACGCCUGUGGCCAAAGAGUUUGAUCCAGACAUGGUCCUAGUUUCCGCUGGAUUUGAUGCAUUAGAAGGCCAUGCUCCUCCUCUGGGGGGGUACAAAGUGACAGCAAAAUGCUUUGGUCAUUUGACGAAGCAGUUGAUGACAUUGGCUGAUGGACACGUGGUGUUGGCUCUAGAAGGAGGACAUGAUCUCACAGCCAUCUGUGAUGCCUCAGAAGCCUGUGUAAAUGCCCUUCUAGGAAAUGAGCUGGAGCCGCUUGCCGAGGAUAUUCUCCACCAAACCCCAAAUAUGAAUGCUGUUGUUUCUUUACAGAAGAUCAUUGAAAUUCAAAGCAAGUACUGGAAGUCAGUAAGGAUGGUGGCUGUGCCAAGGGGUUGUGCUUUGGCUGGGACUCAGUUGCAGGAGGAGACUGAGACUGUUUCUGCCCUGGCCUCCCUGACGGUAGAUGUAGAACACCCCUUUGCUUCAGAAGAUAGCAGAAUUGCUGGUGAGCCUAUGGAAGAGGAGCCAGCCUUGUGAAGUGCCAAGCCCCCCACCCCCAUAUUUCCUGUGUGUGACAUCAUUGUGUAUCCCCCCACCCAGCACCCUCAGACAUGUCUUGUCUGCUGCCUGGGUGGCACAGAUUCGAUGUAACGUAAACACUGGGCACAAAAUUCCGAACAGCAGCUUCACUUGUUCUUUGGAUGGACUUGAAAGGGCAUUAAAGAUUCCUAAAACGUAACCGCUGUGAUUCUCAAGUUACGGUAAACCACUAUUGGAAGAAACUGCUUCCAGCAUGCUUUUAAUACGCUGGGUGACCCACUGCCAGGCCCUAAGUAUAAACUAAUAACAUCCAGUAUGGCAUUAGAUACUAUUAAUUAUUAUGGAUGCUAUGACAGCCAGAGAAAUUCUGGGCAAAACCUGAAAAAUACUCAUUCCUGACAUUCUGAUCAGUUUCUUAAUGGAUAAUUUUUGUCAGUCUUAAACUGUUUACAGGAUUUGUUUUCAGCUAUGAACGGACAGCAGUUCCCAACAUAUUGCAGGGGUUGUUUUGUUUUGUUUGUUUUUUGGCCUUUGUUUUAAACACAUGGUUCAAUUCUUGCUAGUAAGAGUUCAAGAUGGAAGAACUGGGAUGAGGCUUUUUUCAAUAGAAUAAGCCAUCCUGUAUCUCAAAGUCCAAAUGCCAAAGGACCCUCACAUACUGUAUGUAAUGGUGCAGUAUUUUAUGUCCAUUUUUUUAGAAGAAUAACCCUAUUUCCUUAACAUCCCUCUGUGUGUUCUCACACGUGGGGGAUUUGCAGUUGUAUUUGAGGAUGAGGUCUCCGGUUCUCCUCAUACGUCCCUUGUUUUGAUGAGAAGUAGUAUCAAGCAUAUGUUCCACAGAGGAUGGUCUUAAUUUUUUUUUCCAAAUCUAUCAGGAACCUAGUUUGCACUUUCCAUCUUCUUUCCUCCAGCACAUGCUUUUUCUUACCUUUCAUCCUUCCUUCCUUACAGAAAAGCUAAAGAUCACCCCCCUCUCCC